AUGUCGGAAUUCAACACCACAGCCUCUCAGCCUUCUCUGUUCGCCCUCACAGGCCUCCGAGGGUUAGCAGGCUCCCGCUUGUGGCUGGGACCACUCCUGAGCCUGAUGUACGUCAUUACGAUGGUAGGAAACUGCACAGUGAUAUUCUUGGUGAGGAAAGAACGGAGCCUUCAGGAGCCUCAGUACCUUUUCUUGUCCAUAUUGGCUGGGGCUGAUAUUGUGUUGACUGUCUCCACACUUCUCUCAGUGCUCAAGGUCUUUAUCUUUGGUCUCUACGAAAUCGCAUUUGACAGUUGCCUUACCCAACUCUUCUUCAUCCAUACCUCCUCUUCCAUGGGCUCAGGGAUCCUGUUGGCCAUGGCCUUUGACCGCUUCGUGGCCAUCAGCAAGCCCCUGCAGUACACCACCAUCCUUACCAGCUCGCGAGUCACCAAAAUGGGCCUGGCGGCCUUGCUGAGGGCCACAGCUCUCAUGACCCCACUGCCCAUCCUGCUAAAGCGGCUGCCUUUCUGCAAGGGCCGGACACUCUCCUAUUCCUAUUGUCUCCACCCUGAUGUCAUGAAGCUAGCUUGUGGGCAAGUCAGAAUCAAUAUUUUGUAUGGGUUGGUUUUGGUUAUCCUUUCUUUUGGGAUUGACUUUCUACUCAUAGCCAUUUCUUAUGCUCUGAUAUUUCGAGCAGUGCUGGGUAUUGCUUCUAGAGAAGGACAGCUGAAGGCACUCAACACCUGUCUGUCGCACAUCUUUAUUGUGUUUAUUUAUUAUGGCCCUCUCCUGGCAAUUACUGCAAUGCAUCGAAUCAGCUUAAGAAGUUCUCCAAUAGCACACGCCGUCCUCGGGAAUAUCUACCUUUUCGUGCCUCCGAUGCUCAACCCAGUUGUGUACAGUCUGAAGACCAAGCAGAUCCAUGAGGCUCUGAGAAAAUCUUUUAAGAUCCAGAGAAGCUGA